GAAAAACAUAAAAAUAAGUCGUGUGGCAAAAUUUCCUUUUUAUAGUUUUCCUUUCUGUUUUACGCUUUUUGGAAACGCUUUUUUUUUAUCUGAUGAUUCUCACUAUUGAUUAUUGUCUGUAUGGGAAACGCAAUCACACUUCAUCAUCUAAAGGCCGAGCCCAAGUCAGCGACAGACAAGAUAAAGGACUCUGUUAAGUCUAAACCGCACCUACCACGGGCCAAAUCAAUAAGGGCUAAGCAGAUCCUUCGGAUUCCCACCAAAUAUAUCAAGACCACAUCGUCUUCAGAACGGACGGCUACUGAACCAGUGGCCUUGGACCCAUCUGGAGGUCACAACAUUGAGCCAGAACAGAAUGUCAUUAUUGACGGAAGACGAUAUCAGGCUCUCAAUACCAGAUAUGCGUUACCCAAUGAUCUUGAAGAGCAAGAUCGUCUGAUUCAGGCGCAUUUUAUGCUCAAGCGUUGCUUUUCCGGCAACUUUUCAGCACCUGUGCAUGAUCUAUUGUCUCAGACUUUGACAGUUUCAUGGGAUGCUUCCAAUGGCAACGACGAAGAACGCCGAUGUUCCGCUGAUACUCAGUUAUCAUCGGCUACGAAACGAACUACAUCCACGCAUACUAAUUGGGUCCGUCGUACUGAACCGGCUUACGUGCUGGACGUGGCCUGUGGUACGGGCGUUUGGGUGUUAGAAAUGGCCACCGAUUAUCCUAUUACUCAAUUUUAUGGCAUUGAUUUAUCCGUCCAAUAUCCACUCGAUAUCAAACCUGCCAAUGCCCAUUUCAUUCAAGCCGAUGUCACUCAAGGCUUGCCUUUCGAGGACAGUCACUUUGAUUACAUUCACAUGCGAAUGACCUACAAGUGUUUUUCCCGGGAUGAAUGGACGAUUAUCGUCAAAGAAAUUCGGCGUGUUUUGAAACCAGGAGGCUAUGUAGAAUUCCGUGAAGUGGACCCCAUCAUGAAAAGCGUCGGCCCUACAGGAAAAAAAUUAUUAGCACCAUUUGCCGAAGCGUUUCUAAAAGGCUAUGGUGUGGAUGUGAACUGGGCUCAGUACAUGUGUGACUAUCUGUGCGAUGUUGGCGGCAUGACGGAUAUCCACCAUGAUAUCAUUUCGGUUGGGUUUCCGACAGAGGGACCGGAGGGGGCUUUGAUUGAAAAGGUGAUUCGUCUGACGUUCCAGAGUUAUGGCAAGAUUUUCGCCGAAGCUUGCCAUUUUCCCAAAGACCAAUUCUAUCGAGACAUCGAUCAACUCAUGAAAGAGGUGUAUGAAUACAAGUCUUACUACAAUUAUUACUUGGCGUGGGCUCGAAAACCACUGAUUGAAGAUAAUCAUUCGUCCCUUCAUCGCCUCAUUUCCACCGAGAACCCUAAAAGGCCCAUACCAAGACGCUGGCCCUUGUCGUCCGAUUUAUCAAUCACCUCCAUCAUCGAUGGGGUUACCAUUCCUACUCAGAGCGAGCCAAAUUUAGUUGAAGAUCCAGCAUAUGCAGAACAGGACAUUUUGCAUUUCGCUCAUGGCUUUGAAGAAUGAUACCAUUUUGUAAAAACAAAUAAAGAUUGCAAUCUCCUUGAAGAUCUUUCCAGGAUUUUUUUUAUAGUGAC